GGCUGAACCCUGCAUGAAACAACAUCUGGCCAAAUCAAUAAUAAAAUAAUGGGCCUAUGCCAGACUGCGCCCUCGACCUUGACAUAGCGCUUCAUGUCAGUCAAUUCAAAGCACAGAAUCCUUGUCGUCCAUCUCAUACAUGCGGUGCGGCUUGAGGUUGGAGCUGUCUAGGCUCUCAUAGAACAAGAUGGAUUCUUUUGAAACCCACGGUCUCGACGACUCCGCGUUCGAGGACAAGGGCUUGUCGAGCCUCAGAACGUUUGAUGCUUUCCGUAUCAAAAACUAAACCAAAUUACACCUCUACAACCGCCCGUGGCGGGCAAUGGACCCUCGCUAUCAUUAUCCUUUGCACAUGCCUCACCUUCAAUGAGUUGCGAGCGUGGUGGUCAGGGAUAGAGACGCACCAUUUCUCGGUGGAAAGAGGCGUGGGCCAUGAACUACAAUUGAACCUUGACAUUGUGGUCGCCAUGUCCUGUCGCGAUCUCCACGUGAACGUUCAAGACGCAGCCAUGGACCGCAUCAUGGCUGGGGAUCUCCUGACCAAAGAAGAUACAAACUUUGCCCUAUGGACUGGUGACCCUCGAAAGCGUCGGCGCCGCAAUUACCAAAGCCUGCACGAGGACGACCAGGAGCGCAAGAAAGCCGAGGAGGAAGACUCACACGUGGGCCAUGUGCUGGGCCACAUGCGCGAGAACCCAAGCAAGAAGUUUUCGAAGACGCCACGUCUGCGUGGCGCGCCCGUCGACAGCUGCCGCAUCUACGGCUCGCUCGAGGGCAACAAAGUACAAGGCGAUUUUCACAUCACGGCGCGAGGGCACGGGUACAUGGAGUUCGGAGGACAGCAGCACCUGGAACAUGGAACGUUUAAUUUCUCGCACCACAUCAACGAGCUAUCAUUUGGCCCUCACUAUCCGAAUCUGCUCAACCCGCUUGAUAAGACCAGCGAUAGCACCGAGGCGCACUUCAUGCGGUACCAGUACUACCUCUCCAUUGUGCCGACCAUCUUCACGAAACGCCGUAUCUCGACAAAAUCCAGAAGCCUGGAUCCGGCAGCCAUCCCGCAACCACCAACGCUUGACAUGACACCAAAUACACGCAAGGACAAGGACGGGAUUGUCAGACAUAUCCCCAACCCCAAGGCUGGCACUGACUCAAAGUCGAUCUUUACAAAUCAAUACGCCGCUACGUCACAGUCGAGGGAAGUGCCGACGAACACGGUGCCGGGCAUUUUCUUCAAGUAUGACAUCGAACCGAUCCUACUGAUUGUAAGCGAGCGGAGAGAUAGCCUGUUGGGAUUAUUGGUGCGCUUGGUCAAUGUCAUCUCUGGGGUGUUGGUGGGCGGAGGGUGGAUGUUCCAGCUGACCGAAUGGGGCUACGAAGUAUGGGGACGGCGCCGGGGACGAAGCAAUACGGGUCUGGGCGUUAUAAACGGCAAUAUAAAUGGGGAUCUGGACCACAAGAAUUGAGAUGGAAAGUUUAUGAACGAGGACCAUGCACGAACAGGAUACCAAAAGUAUCAACACCACUUCCACUAUCGAGAUUUUGCAGGUUCCUCCGUGCCAUAUAUUAGCGAAAUU